AUGGCUACUGGUGUUUAUACUCAAUGUGUAUGGUUCUUUAUGUUUGAAUAUAUGCUACAUUGGCCUCUCAACCCUGAAGGACAUCCACCAAACAAAAGGACCACAAUCAGCCACAGGACAACUACCAUCCACAGGACAACUUCUGGCAGGAGGGGUUUGAGCAGGGAGGGUUUGAGCAGGGAGGGUCUAAGCAGCAGGGAUUCCAGCUGCUGCCUCAAGACCAACCACACAAAGGCAACGAUGCUCAACCCAUGCAUCAAGAACUCGACCUCCAUGGCCACGGCAUGCAAUGACAUAUGUGCUGGGACCUCAAGGAUGCUGGUCAUCGGCAUCACAAUUCCUCACAAGAGGAAAUCUGAACGUGGGGAGUUUACUCAAGGGAUCAUCCAUGAACUACGUACAUCGCAAACUGUUGGCUGGCUUGGAAUGUGUCUGGUCAACCAGCACCUACCUCCAAUGCCAGCAUUGGUGCCUGCACCAGCACCUGCACCUGUACCUCAACCAGCACUACCCCCACCACCUGAAACCACUGCACAAGUGCCAAAUGUGUCUAACAAUGAGGGACGGACACUGUGUCGCCAACAUGAAAACAAACGAGUGGCUGUCUUAGACAAAGCCCUCAAGAAGGCACACAUUUCUAUCAUUGGUCAAGUUCAAUAUAAACCAUUCAAAAAAAAGUCCGUUCAUGAAGAGCUCAUGACAUGUAUGUUGAAUGUACAGCAGUACCUGCUGCUGGAGGCUGAUCAUUUUGUCGAGAUGAUUGUCGACGUCAUCUGGCAGAAAGGACUCUAUGAUGUGAUUGCCCUUGCUGGGGCUGCAUUGCAGAAUGCGCUGAAAGCUUACCAGAUGGGCAGGUUCAAGUCCGUUGAUGCUUUGGCAGAACAAUUCUAUGAUACAUACAAGGUGAUCCUGGUGCUGAUUGACAGCAUUCAAGCAGAUCCUGCUCUGAAAGUAAGCUCCGGCUUACUGCCGGUUUUAGCUGUGACCAGAGCCAUGAAUAGCUGA